AUGCAUUUCUCAGAUGCCUACAGUGACACCAUUGCUGCCAGGCUGACUGAAGCUGUUGUUGCUGGCACGUUCAAUAGAGAUUGUCAUGGGGAAAAUGGCAUGACACCUAUGAUGUGUGCACUAUUGUCUGGGAGGAGGGACAUAUUCAACCUUCUCAUGUCACACAAUGCAGACAUCUCUUUGACUGAAGAUGACAACAACAGCCUCCUUCAUUUGGCCUGCCUCCGUGCGGGUAUACCCAACAGUCUAGUGUCAAAGAUUGACUAUGAUGUUCCAGGAAGUCAUGGUUGGACACCUGCAAUGAAGGCAGCUGUUAAUGGAGCAGCGCAUGCAUUUGGCCUGCUUGUGGAAGCAAAGGCUGAUCUUUACCCGAAAGAUGACAACAACAACACUAUCCUUCAUCUCGCAUGCCAUAGUGGACAUGCCUCAAUUGUGAAAUAUGUACGGUCAAUGUUUGAGAUCAAUGCUUGUGGAAAUAAUGGAUGGACGCCAGUAAUGUACGCUGCUGCCAAUGGAGAGAAGAACGUGUUUGACCUGCUUGUGUCAAAGGGGGCUGAUGUAUCCCUGAAGGAUGACUACAACAAUUAUGUAUGUCAUUUAGCAUGUGCAGGUGGAAAUAUGUCCAUCGUGGAAUAUUUACUUCCAAUGUAUGAGAUCAACAGUCGGGGUGACCACGGCAGAACUGCAAUAAUGAAUGCUGCCUGGACAGGCCAAAGUCUUGUUUUCAAAUUGCUUGUGUCACAGGACGUUGAUCUUAAACUGACUGACGACAACAAGGACACUGUGCUUCAUUUUGCCUGCGAGGGAGGAGACGCAGCCAUUGUGGAACAUCUUCUGACCAGAGUUGACCUCAAUACUCGAGGAAGGAAUGGCUGGACCCCGGUCAUGGUCGCAGCUCGGUUUGGAAAAUUAGAUCCUUUCAACUUGCUUGUUUCAGAGCAGGUAGAUCUCAGAUUGACUGACGACAACAAUAACAACUUGCUUCAUCUUGCAUGUCAGGGAGGAAACAGAUUGAUCAUAGAGCAUCUGCUUCCACAGUUUGACAUUAACUGUCGGGGACAGGAUGGAAGGACGGCUGUGAUGUAUGCAGCUGUCAAUGGACUGAGAAGUGUAUUUGACCUGCUUGUCUUAAAUAAGGCUGAUGUUUCACUAAAGGAUGACUACAACAACUCUGUAUUUCAUUUAGCAUGUCUAGGUGGAAAUAGUUCAAUUGUGGAACAACUAUUUCCAAAUGUUGACAUCAACAGUGUGGAUGAUGAUGGGAGAACAGCAAUCAUGAAGGCAGCUUUUGCUGGAAACAAGAGUGUUUUUAAUUUUCUGAUCUCAAAGAACUCUGAUCUGAAAGUCAUAGAUGACUACAGAGACAAUGUGCUACAUUUCGCAUGUAAGGAAGGAGACAAGACUAUUGUUGAGUGCAUUCUUCAAAGGCUUGACAUCAAUACCCGGGGAAGGAAUGGUUGCACACCAGUGAUGAUUGCAGCGCGGUUUGGAAACAGACAUAUUUUCAACUUGCUUGUUUCAAAGGAAGUGGAUCUCACUAUGUCUGAUGACCACAGAAACAACAUGCUUCACCUUGCAUGUCAGAACGGAAACAGGUUGAUCAUAGAGCAUCUGCUUCCACAGUGUGACCUCAACAGUCGGGGACAGGAAGGAAGGACGGCUGUGAUGUAUGCAGCUGUCAAUGGACUGAGGAGUGUGUUUGACCUGCUUGUCUCAAAUGGCGCUGAUAUGUCCCUGAAAGAUAAUUACAAUAGAUCUGUAUUUCAUUUAGCUUGUCUGGGUGGAAAUAAUUAUAUUGUAGAAUAUCUCCUGCAACGGAGUGAUAUCAAUUGUCUGGGAUACAACAAGAGAUCUGCACUAAUGGAAGCAGCUUUGGCAGCCAAAAGAAAUGUAUUUGACCUUCUUGUGUCAAAGAAAGCUGACCUGAAUCUGCUUGAUGACUACAAUGAUAAUGUUCUGCAUUUUGCAUGUCAAGGAGGGAACACAGCCAUUGUAGAAUAUCUUCGGGAGAUAUUGGACAUUAAUGAGAAGGGACAGAAUGGUUUGACACCAGUAAUGCAUGCAGCUAGGGCUGGUCAGAAGAAUGUGUUUAAUCUGCUUGUAUCACAACAAGAGGAGUUGAAUCUGCUUGAUAACACCAGGAACAAUUUACUGCAUCUUGCUUGUCAGGGGGGAAACCAUUUCAUCAUAAAGUACCUCUUGCCACUGUUUGACGUUAAUGGUCCUGGAGAAGACGGGUGGACGCCAAUCAUGAUGGCAGCUCUCAGUGGAAAGAUGGAUGUUUAUGAUCUGCUUGCAUCAAACGGGGGUAUUCCAUCCCUGACUACUCCACAAAAUGAUAAUGUUCUUCAUGCAGCUUGUCAAGGUGGUCACAAGGCCAUAGUAAGGAAGGUCACUGACAUCUUUGAGAUCAACACCAGGGGAAGGAAUGGUUCCACACCUCUGAUGAGGGCCGUUAUUGGAGGCCACAUUAGUGUGCUGAAGUUCCUGAUGUCUCGUUCAGCUGACCAUACUAUGGUGGACAAUGAUGGGGUCACCCUUCUACAUCUUGCUUGUAAAUAUGGUCACCUCGAUGUUGUGAAGCACAUCUCAGACAGCAAGUUUCCCUUAGGCUCUAAUGAGGCCACUGAAGAUGAGGCUAUCGACAGCUUUGACAUCAAAGCGAGAGGAAGGAAUGGCGAGACUCCUCUGACGAGAACAGGCCGUUGA